AUGAUGCGUCGACUGGGCCGCGGCGCGACCGUCGCUUCCGUCCCGCAAUCGUUGCGUCGGUCGGUCAUGGCACAAUCACACCGUCGAUCGUUUCACUUUUCAGCUAAAAAAACAGCUUCGGACGGCAACAAGCGCGUGGCCAGUGCCGCCUCCUUCUUUCUAGAUGCCAAGGCCGCCUGCAAAGGCAAGCGCUGUGCUCUAGGCACGGACAAUACUGGCAUUGGAUCUAAUCCUGUCACAUGUGGAGAAGACUCGUUUUUUCUCACGCCUGAUGUUGUGGGGGUAGCUGAUGGCGUUGGCGGAUGGAAUGAGAACGGAGUCGAUCCGGGUAAAAUCUCACGCUCGUUGAUGCAUAAUGCGGCCGCGUUUGUGCGACAGCAGACGGAAAAAAAUGAUCGUGCCUCAACACAAGAGGUGCUGGCUUAUGGUUACAAUAAAGCAGUGUUGGAUGAUGAAGUAGAGGCUGGUAGCACGACUGCGUGCAUUGUGAGACUGAAGCAGUCGAUUGAUUUCAAGCCAGUGCUCGAGUACUCGAACCUUGGAGACUCGGGCUUUGUAGUAAUCCGCAAUGGCCAAAUUAUCUUUCGAAGUAAAUUUCAGUAUUAUGGACGUGCGCCCUAUCAAUUGGCAAAGAUACCGCUGCGAUUUAAGCAAUUUGGUGCCAUUGAGAACCACCCUGAUGAUGCGGAUUCGGGCGAAAUCGAUGUACAAGACGGAGAUAUAGUUGUGCUAGCCACCGAUGGCGUGUGGGACAAUUUUGCACCUGACCUCGAAAAGACGCAAGCGCGAUUUCCGCCGGUGCUCUCCUGGCGACGGUACUGGGCGGGCGAACUUGCUUCCUUUGUGGAAAUAAUUGCGGAAAACCCCGACAAGGCUGCUGAGAACAUUGUGUUGGCCUCACUCCGCCACAACCUUAAGCCGGACGACAUCACGGUCGUCGUGGCAAAGGUAGUCGUGAUGGCAUCUAAGCUGUAG